CCGGACACCCUGUAUAUGCACUCAAUGUGCACUUUAGUGCAUCCGACCGAAUUCGUUAAAAUAAAUUUCUAGCGCGAAUCAAUUUUCUGGAGACGUCAAUUCACGUACAACGAUGCCGUAUGCACGUAAAAAGCAACACCGAGGUGACACACACUUGAAGAAAGGCUGGAGGACGAAGCGAAGGAAGAAGGACCUGGACGAGAUCGAUGAAGAUCUGAAGGCAAACACGGAGAAGCUGCUGAAUCAGGAGGUGGAUUUUGAAAGACCCGGAGCGGCGCAACAUUAUUGCAUUCAUUGCGCGAGGUAUUUUAUAAACGAAACUGCUCUACACUCUCAUUUCAACACCAAAGUGCAUAAACGACGAUUGAAGGCACUCGAGUUAGAGCCAUAUAGCAUCGAAGAAUCUGAAAGAGCAGCCAGCAAGGGAAGCUAUGUCGCACCACAAAAGCGAAAGAUCGAAACUAUAACAAGAGAAAAUUCUAAUAAGAAAGACACAGAUGCUGGGCCAAAAGCUAAGGCAAUAAAGAUAGAUGAAUAAGUUUAAUUUAUCAUAAUAGUGCUGCAUCUUCAUAUUAUGAUAUGCGAAAGGAUUUAGGAAG